UUCUUCGACUCGGAGACAAGUUCAAACAAGUGGAAAAAUGGCUGCCUCUGCAACUGCUCUAUCUUCUUUUUCUUCGCUCUCUAUCCGUACAGCUCUGUCGACCUCUCACUUCAAACUAUCCCCUGAACCCCUUCUACCCACCAAUUUCUGUUGCUUAUACAGCAAAAUUAAGAGACCCAAAACCCCACCAACAUUUUGCCUCUCAUUCCUCCCCAAACCCAGCAAAUUCAAGCCCUCACAAGCUAAAUCCAGCGACAUCGACACCACCUUCUUCGACGAAUUUAACCCAGAAGAGGAAAUUCCCUUCGAACCUGUCGAGCCUCCCGAAGGCUACGUACCUCCACCGGCCUUCGACGAGGGUGUUCCUGAAACCGAAGAUGAAAUCGCCGCUGCCUAUGAGGAGAUGUAUGGACCCGCCUACAGUGGCGUUAGUGUGCUCGGUAACGACAUCUAUGUCAUGGACUCCAAGAUAAAGAAGGCUACUGGGUUUGGGUCGAAGACGAAGAAGGAGAAGAUCAGGGAUGGGCUAGAGGAAAGAGUGGUUCAGGUGAGGAGAGUGACUAAGGUGGUCAAGGGUGGGAAGCAAUUGCAUUUCAGGGCUAUUGUGGUGGUGGGCGAUAAGCAGGGUCAGGUUGGGGUUGGUGUUGGCAAAGCUAAGGAGGUUAUUGGGGCGGUUCAAAAGUCCGCUACCAAUGCCAGGAGGAAUUUAAUCACCGUGCCCAUGACCAAGUACAAGACGUUCCCUCACAGGUCCGAUGGAGAUUAUGGAGCAGCAAAGGUGAUGCUAAGACCUGCUUCACCAGGUACUGGAGUGAUUGCUGGAGGUGCAGUUAGGAUUGUUUUAGAAAUGGCAGGCGUCGAGAAUGCUUUGGGUAAGCAAAUAAGGAGUAAAAAUGCCCUUAACAAUGCAAGAGCAACUGUUGUUGCAGUACAGAAGAUGAAACAGUUUAGUGAAGUUGCUCGUGAGCGUGGAAUCCCCAUGGAAGAACUCUGGAAGUGAAGCAACUGGUGGAAAUCACUUUUUUAGUUAGAUUUGAUUCCUGAACCAUUUUCUGUGAACUUCUUUUACUGGCAAGGACUUUGUAAUUUGUUUUCGCUAAUGAAUUUGUAAUCUUUCUCUUGAGAAAAGCUAAUGAAAGAUUUGGAUAUCAAA